AUGCUUGAUACCAAUGGCGAGUCUAAUUCUCAAAGAUCUAAAACAAAGCACAACACUGGAUACAUCUUUUGUGACGUCUGCUACAUCCAGAUUAAAAAGAAUCCCACCAAAAUGCAAUGCUCUUCAUGCAGUCAUUAUUUUUGCAAAUAUCAUUUAAGACGAUCCAAACAGUCUGAAGAGAACACUUGUGAUAAAUGCUUCAAAGACUUGAUGAGAAUUGAUAUAAAAGCAGGAAGAGCUUUAGAAAUAAAUGAAUAUAGGGAUUUAGCAGAUGAAAUUAAAAGAGAAAAGUUCAAAAUAGGCGAAGAUCUUAAAGCAAAAGCAAAUAAUAUUUUAAAAUUAGAAGAAAAUAUAAAAGACAAUGAAAAUCAACAUGCAAUAAAAAUUGCACAAUUAGAACAAAAAAUAAGCCAAGAAACGCAAAUUAACUGCUAUGUCCUGAGCGAAAUUGAUAGCCUUGGGGUUACAAUAAAAAAUUCAAAGCUGUCUCAAGAGAUUUGGAAGAAGAAGUUAGCAGUUUUCCAAGAGGAAAUUAAUAAAAAGAAUGAAUUGAAAGAAAAAACCAAUCAAGAGCAGGCUAAAUCAUUAAGAGAAAUUGAUCAAUUGAAUAAGCAAACUAGAUUAUUUAUUCCAUAUGGUCGUUUAAGAUCUAUAACUUGCCCUGAUUGUGUUAAGAAAAUAAAAAGAGUAUUUAGAGAUGAAAUCAUAAGCGGGCUUAAAGCGGUAGGAAGAGAUAGUUUGAUUGAAAGUGUCAUAGCAGCUAAAGCAAGUAUCCAAGCAUUAAACCAAGGAAAUGAAACAAUUGCUGAGGGAAAAAGGGAGGAACCUAAAGAUGCCUGCCAUUGUAUAAUAUCAUAA